AUGUCGGAUCUCUCAGUGGAGAUCACUGCUCCCAAUGGCUUUAAGUACACCCAGCCUACAGGUCUCUUCAUCAACAAUGAGUUUGUCAAGGGUAGCGGUGGAACAAUCACCUCUAUUGACCCAGCAACCGAAUCGGAGAUCGCCACAGUCCAAGCAGCCAGCCCCGAAGAUGUCGAUCGCGCAGUCCGAGCUGCUCACGCCGCCCUCAAGGCCCCCUCCUGGAAGAAACUCGCAGCCACAGACCGGGGUCGCCUGAUGGCCCGUCUAGCUGAUCUAGUUGAGGAGAAGAGGGAGACUCUAGCCACAAUUGAGGCAUGGGAUAACGGUAAACCAUACGCAGUUGCCCUAAACGAGGACUUGGGCGAGGUCGCCCUCACUUUGCGUUACUACAGCGGCUGGGCCGAUAAGACAUAUGGACAAACCAUCAACACUACCCCCGAGAAAUUCGCAUACACUCUGCGCCAACCCAUUGGUGUCGUCGGUCAGAUUAUCCCAUGGAACUACCCACUUGCAAUGGCAGCCUGGAAGCUGGGGCCUGCUCUUGCUUGCGGUAACACCAUCGUUCUGAAGCCCGCUGAACAGACUCCAUUGAGUAUUCUGGUUCUGGCAGAAUGUAUCAAGGAAGCUGGCUUCCCACCCGGUGUUGUCAACGUCGUCAACGGAUUCGGUCGCGAAGCCGGUGCCGCUUUGGUCGAGCAUCCCCUCGUUGACAAGGUCGCCUUUACCGGCUCAACCGUCACUGGCCGACAGAUCAUGAAGAUGGCGUCCGCGUCGUUGAAGAAUAUCACUCUCGAAACUGGCGGUAAAUCACCACUCCUCGUAUUCAGUGACUGCGACCUCGAACAAGCAGUCAAAUGGUCACAUGCAGGCAUCAUGUCGAACCAGGGCCAGAUCUGCACAGCGACAUCUCGUAUCUUCGUCCAAAAGGAGAUUUACGACACAUUCAUUGAGAAAUACAAGGAAGCCGUCAAGAGUACGUCCAAGGUCGGCAAUCAAUGGGACGAGUCUACCUUCCAAGGCCCUCAGGUUACUCGUGCCCAAUACGAGCGUAUCCUAAGCUACAUCGACAUUGGUAAAUCCGAAGGCGCCACAGUCCUCACUGGCGGAGGCCCCUACCGCGAAGAAGGUUCAAGCACCGACUUCAGCAAAGGAUUCUUCAUUGCACCCACCGUAUUCACUAAUGUCAACGACUCCAUGCGCAUCUGCAAGGAAGAAAUUUUCGGACCGGUGGUCGUAAUCGCCUCCUUUGAGACCGAAGAGGAAGUCAUCGCUCGCGCAAACGAUACGACCUAUGGUCUCGGCGCAUCGGUCUUCACACGCGAUAUCCAGCGCGGCCACCGUGUCGCGGCUGAGAUUGAGUCUGGUAUGGUUUGGAUUAAUAGUUCCCAGGACAGUGACCCUCGUGUGCCCUUCGGUGGUGUUAAGCAAUCCGGCCUUGGUCGCGAGUUGGGUGAAGCUGGUCUUGAGGCUUAUUCACAAAUCAAGGCUGUGCAUGUUAACAUGGGGACUGUUCUAUAA